CCUUACCUCAAAGAACGUGGGGCAGCCAAACUUGUAAAUACUGUCCCUGAAUACCUGUUGAUAAACAUAUUGGUUAUCCUGGUCUAUACUUGUAUUGAUUUCAUUAAACUUUAGCGCCAAAGUCGAUGCUUGCUUUGAAUCUGGCAAAUUGCGCUCCACCUGUGCCUGUUUCUGACAACGCGAGGCAUGGAAGAUAUGUACAAAGCCAUUGUACUAUUAGGCUAGCACAAGCAGAUGCAUGGCGGCGCCGACGAGCUGGUCCUGGCUCGUGCUCAGGCUGGCACCCGUGUCCAAACGUAGUGCGAAGGGCGCGUCCCCCAGCAGCGGCUUCUGGGGAGCGGCCGGCUGGCGUUGGAGUAUCACAAAACUUCGCCAAUGGCUGUGCAGCCGUCUCACCUGCCUCUACCCCAUCACCAGCAGCCGCGCCGACUGCGCCUGCUCUGCCUCAGAGGUUGUUGGGAGUAGACUAUGGCACAGCCACGACUGGGCUGGCGGUAGGGCGCAACGGCUUCUGCAAUGCGCUCAAGGCACUUCCCACGCCGCGCACUGCCAAACUGUCUGACAUAGCGAAACAGGUGCUGGAGGUGGCGGCGGGCCAGGGCUGCGAUGCGGUGGUGGUGGGCAUUCCCGUGCAGCCGGGCGGCAACAUCGUCAAGCCGCACACCGACUCGCCCGUGGGCCGCCGCUGCCGCAGCCUGGCACACACGCUGGCACUUCUGGGCAAGGAGGCGGGAGUCAGUGUGUACCUGUACAAUGAGAAGAGCACGACGCGGGCGGUGGUAAAGGGCAUGGGGCGGAACUGGCAGGACCGACUGACCAAUGCGGAAAAGCAGGCCCGGGGCGUGGACGCUGAGGCCGCCGCCAUGCUGCUGCGGCUCUACUUUGGCAACCCCCGCCUGGCUGUGCGCAUAAACCCGCGGCCCAACGUGGUGGUGGUGGACCGGGGGGAGGAGGACGAGGUGGUGCAGCAGCAGAGGGGGCAGGAGGGAAAGACGGAGGGGUGGAAGCUGGAGGAGGGGAUGGUGGAGGGCGGGCAGGGGAAGGGCGGGCAGGGGCAGGGGCAGAGCGCGGGGCAGGUGGGUGGCGAGGGGAAAGCAGCAGUAAAAGGUGAGGGGGAGGGGCAAGCGGGGCAGGCCUGAGCUUGUGACAGAGCCUAGGACCGUGUGGACCAUCAUGUCGGGUGGGAAGCAGGACGCUGCCUAAAAGAAUUAAAGUUUGAGAUGUUACCCGAGGGGCUUUAGUAAGCGUGCAAGCACGCGGAGAGCACCAAGUGGUGCCAGGUGCUGCCAGGGGCCCUCGUGGUAUCAAGGGUGAUGAGCAGUGAGAGAUGAGAGGUGAAAGCAGCCAUUGGAGGUAGAGCCGAGAUGCGGGAGAGUAUGUGAGUACCAUACCACAUGCUAUCGUAAUGCUCGCGCGGGAACGUGACCUUGAACGUGACGGAUCAGGCCAAAGUGCAUGGCAGCCUGCCUGCAUUUUGUAAUGUUGCUUUCAU